AUGAAUUAAUAUGAAUGCCAAUAGGAUUAGCAUAAUAAUUUAACAUGUUCCUAUAUUUGUAUUGAACCGUUUUGUAAGCUAAAAAGAAUUUCUUGUUUUUAAUGUUUUCAAGAUAAAGAUUCUCAUGAGUCUCAUCAAGGUUUGGCCAUCGAUGAAUUUUAGUAGAAAGUUAAAUUUAGAUUACAAAAUCUAAAUUAAUUAAAAGAUGCUUUAGAUUUAACAAAAACAUUAUUCAAUCAAUUUAUAAAUAACUAAAUUGAAUUUAUUAGAAAUCAUAUCUUAGAAGGUAAAAAAUAUUUAGACGAUAAUAAUCUAUAUAAAAUUCGAUUUAUUAAUGAUUAUUUUAUUAGUGAAUAAGAUAAUAGGGCACCAUAUGUAUAAGAACAGUUGUUCAAAAUUAGAAAGAAAAUUAAAAGAAUAAAUGAAUUUAUUUCCAAUAUAAAGUGUAUGGAUACAAAAUUAGUUACUAAAGAAAUUAAUGAUAUCAAAAUUAAAGCUAUGGAUUGCAUCAAAAGGAAAUAUGUUGGUCAUUAUAAAGAUGCAAUUUAAAUCUUAAAUAAGGGAUUAAAAGAAAUUCCAACAUGUUGUAGUUUAAUUUCUCUCAAAGUAUUUCAUUAAAAUAAGGUAGUGUACAUGUCUCAUUAAUAUAAACAAAAUUGAUAGUGCUUAAAGAUUAAUUAAUUAUGCAUUUUAAAUUAACUGUUACGAUGAAACAGUCUUAUUAUUAUUGGCUAAAUUUAUGUAUUUAAAAAAUUAAUAUGGCAAAUGCUUAGAAAUUUGUGAAUUGAGCUUUGAACCCAAUUAGUAUUUAGCAUAUUUUAAGUGUAUUAAUUUAUUCAAUAUUUAGUGGAUUCACUAAAAUAAUUAUAAGAAACAUAAAAAAUGUUAGCAUUUCAAAAAGAAUGUGAAAAAAAAUUUGGGUAUUAGUUCUAUGAAUAAUAUUUAAAACAUUAAAAUAUUAAACAUUGA